GAAAGCGUGGAUCAAUACCACGAUUCCGCACGAGCACAGCGCCGCUUCCGGUUGGCAAAGAUACCUGUACUCCCGAAUCCGAACUCUAACACUCGCGAAAUCUACUCGAGAAUCUCUUCGUCGUCCCAUCUUGUGAUUAUUCCACGAUUAUUGCCAUCACACAAAAUGUAUUGGGUCCUGUUUCUUUCCGUGGCUGUUACUGUUCAAGCAUCGGUAUAUUUGUCUCCGCCACUUAAGGAAGAGCAAUUGUUAACUGAUACUCUUCUCCGAGAACUGAUCAAUCAAAUGGGAAACGAACUGGUGGAUACAGCAGAUUCUUAUCUGGAAUAUCAAGACAAACCGAAAGAAAUUCCUAUGGAAUUACCUGCUGACUAUGAUGGUAUAGACACUUUGAACCCCAAUCCUAGCAUUCGCGAUCAGGAGUAUUUGCAACAUAGCACGUUAUGGAGUCACCAACGUGUCAAUAAUAACGAUAAGGUGGAUGAUAGACAGAGAAUUAAACCUGGAAGCAUAAAGAAUAUCAAGGAUGAGAAAGAGAAUGCUUUGCCUGCAUAUUGCACACCACCGAAUCCUUGUCCGGUUGGAUAUACGAGUGAAAAUAAUUGUAUCGUGAAUUUCGAAAAUACAGCGGCAUUCAGCCGGGAUUAUCAAAGCGCGCAAGAUUGUAUGUGUGACACGGAACACAUGUUGGAUUGUCCGGUUGACUCCGCAAACAGCAACAGUAUGCCAAGCAUGCAUAUCCCAAACUCUAAUUUCAACCAAAUCGUCGAUCAAUUCCAAGCUGAAGAAAAUCCGUUUUUCCGAGGUGAAAAAUUGCCGAUCGCGGCGAAGAAAGGUUUAAAUGUCGUCUAUUAAAAUACCGGGUAUAUUCCACUGGAGACUAUUAAGAUGCAAGGAUUGCGAAACUUUACAGUAUUUUAACAUAUAUCAAAAAACAUCCUCAGUCGGAAGUGUGAUUCAGUAAAAGCAAAAACACAGAGAAGCAUAAAUGAAUCUGCAGCUAGAACAGAUUUUACAUAAUCUGGAAACCUGGUGCUAAAUAAAAUUACAUAAAUAUUUUAAUAUCAUAUUACUAAUUUUAAUGCAGAGUAACGACUUCAAAUCAGUGUAUAUAUAUAUUAAACAAGAGAUAUAUUAAAUAUUCUAAAUGUGUUAUGUUUUUAAGAAAUAUAUAUAUUCUGCUGCUAAAAAUAAA